AUGGCCCUGACCCUACCGUCCCCUGACAUUUCCGUCGUAGCCGAGCGCGAAGAUAGGAUCGUCGGUGGCGUCCCUGCCUGGACAGGCGACUUUCCAUUUAUUGUCGCUAUAUCUGACCGCGGCUCGCAAUACUGUGGCGGUGUCCUUAUAAACGCCUACACGGUACUCACGGCCGCCCACUGUUCCAUUCGAAUGAAGGAGCCAUGGGCUUUGGUCCGUGCCGGCAGUCUGUACUGGGCCUCUGGCGGCGUGGAAGCCAACGUGAGCGAGAUUUAUUAUCACCCGGAGUUCAACUUCGAAACUACCGAUAACGAUAUAGCAUUGUGGCGCCUCGCCAGCCCCAUCCACCAAAGCUCCACCAUCCGCUACGCGCCUCUGCCCCUAAAGGGCUGGGACCCCGUGGUCGGCAGCCUCGUCACGGCUGCCGGAUGGGGCCACCUUGACGGAGGCGAUGACUCCGAGUCGUCGCCGAUGCUGCGCAGAGUUACGGUCCCGGUCAUCUCGCGCGGCACGUGCCGGGCCGACUACGCCGCCCAGAACCUGACGGUCACCAACAAUAUGUGGUGCGCAGGUCUCAAGCAGGGCGGCAAAGACUCUUGUGGCGGGGACAGCGGCGGUCCCAUUGUUGACGCCUUGACUAAGACCUUGCUGGGGAUCGUGUCCUGGGGCACGGGGUGCGCCGAGCCUAACCAGCCAGGCGUCUAUGUGCGUAUCAGUAAUUACAUUGACUAUAUCCACCAGCACAAGUGGACCUCGUAG